AUGCUUGAAAUUUCUAUGAUUUUUGGGCAUUUAGACCAUUUUAAACCGAGUUUGGUGGGGAGGUAUCAUGUGACACAUGGCCAUGGGGAAAUGACUAUUUUACUCACUAUUGGAUGGAAGCAUGGGCAUUCACUAGAUAGUGCCAACGACGUCAAAACAAGCAUCCUAAAGCAGACCAAUAACCACAAAGUAGAGGUAUCCUUGGAAAGAGGAGAAGAGGCUGAUGCCCUUUAUAUUGAGACAUUCCACAUUACCAAUUACAAAGAGGAUAAUUACACUUACAAUAAAGGUGAAACAAUUAUUCGCUUAUCCCGUGAACCUAAUGAUUUAUUCGUACGAUAUGAAAUAACUAACAUCCGUAAAAUUCGUAAAAUUAUUUAUUAUAUUGAUAAAGAACCUAAAACUUUCAAUCUAUUUCCCUUUGAAUUAAAUAAUAGGGAGAUGGAUCACAUACUGGUUUACUUUAUCAGAUACAAUGAAACCCCUUUGUACUUGAGUAUAUUUCUAAAAAAUAACGGUAAUGUAAGUGAAGAUGGAAUAAAAGAUAUGCGUAUUAAUUAUAAACUAGAUAAGAGCGGAGUGUGGAAAAAAGCAGAGCACCUCGCUUAUGUUUUCAAUGACUUGAAGGAACUGGCUUAUAAGCACGACAUGUUCCAAUUCUUUGAAUUAGAAAAAUCAGAUAAGGAUUUCCUUAAAAGUGACACACCAGUUAAAUAUCCCAUUUCAAAAAUUGAAGAGCACACUAAUGAAGAAUUUAAGUAUUAUACACACACAUCAAAUGCAAAAAAUGGGAUAACUAGCUUAUUUCUUUACAGAAAAAAAAUAAUUAAAAGCUUGAUAAUUAUUGACAAAUACAUAAAUCGUAUAGAUGUCUAUUAUGAUAAAGAAGAUAAACAAAAUAGGUUACCUUUGUUAAUUAUUAUUUAUAAAAGUGGUGAGGAAAAAGAAUACUAUGUUAAUGAGGGAGGUAACUAUAGAUGGAAAAGACAGGACAAAUUACUUGGUUAUAAAGAAAAUAACAGUUUCCUUCUAUUAACACUACAACAUCUUAAAGGGCAACUGAUGGGUAAAGUAAAGGAAAUAGGUAUCGGAGAAGAAUUUGAAGAAGCCGCUGUAAGUCAGAUUGAUCAUGAUGGGCUAAAUGUUUUAAUUCAAGACCACCAUGAAUUAGGAUACAGGUGCCUAAGUUAUAGUGAUGAAGGCAGAAGGUUUACAAUUUCCAAAUUAAACUGUUCCGAAGCUCCAAUAAAUAUUUCUGACCUACCAUUCUACUCAGUUUUAGGGUUUUACGUCUUUCACCAUGGAAGUAGUACUUCCCCCUUAUUUCUGUGCGCUGUAUACGAAGUAAAGCACGAUAAAAUAUUUGUAUGGUAUCAACUUACUAAACGCGACGGAUUUGAUUAUGAAAUAUGUUACUUCUUAUCUGAGGAUCCUAGACUGUUUACCAAUUUUAAACCCAUAAUCAAUAUGAUAGAGGCUAAAAUUUACAAUCUUAAUGUUGAGUUAGUAACAACCCUAAACAAGUCUUACAAUUAUGGUAGGGAAACAUUAACUAACGUUGGUGAAAUUAACUUUAAUGUUACGUACCAAAGGAGGCAUCCAACUCACAAUAGGUACAUCAUGAGUCCAGCAAAUUCAAACUAUUUUUCUAUCAAUUAUAUAUCGGUGUAUGGCACGAAGUUUGAAAAUGUUAAAUUUAAAUCUGUUAAGGAGAUCCAUGUUUUUGAGCAUUCUAAUAUGCACCAUUACAAGGUCUGUAUUUCAGCUGCUGAAUACAACUUUAGCAGUGAGAGCGAUUCUAUUGAUUUUCACUGGUAUGAAAUAAGGAAAAACACCAAUAAAGGCAAUGGCUGGACUAUCGUUGGUAAACCAAAAAUAAAAAUGACACCAGAUGAUUUUGAUACUCCACAAAACAUUGCUUCCCUCAUGGACGAAAGAAUAUAUUUUUCCGAAGAGAGUAAAGAUGUAGUUUAUAGAAAGCCCAGUAAUGAAUAUGUUGAACCUAAAUUAAAUAUUAAAUACGAUACCCCUCCAACAGUUCCAUAUCUAUCAGGUGGUACAUGGCCACCAAUUGAACCUGAAUUUCCAGAUGGCUAUGGUAAACUAUACAGUACGUAUGAGUUCGAUGAAGAAAAAAAUACCAUUAGAGGCACUACCCUGGGUAUGCCUGGUAAAAUAGGCGGCAUCACUCCCCUUGUCGGCGGCCUGCUAGGCAGCGGCGCGGGCGUCGGAAUCGUUGGCGUCACGACCGGCUACGUCCUGUACUCGAACAUCGGAACUAUCACUUCAGCACUAGGUACCUUACUUCACUAA